GGGGGAGAGGGGUGCCUGUCACCAUCAUGGCCUUCUCCAACUACAGCAGCCUGCAGCGUGCUCAGCUCACUUUCGAAUAUCUCCACACUAACUCAACCACACAUGAAUUCUUAUUUGGAGCUCUGGCGGAGCUUGUAGAUAAUGCAAGAGACGCAAAUGCCACAAGAAUAGAUAUCUUUACUGAGAAUCGUGAAGACCUUCGAGGUGGAUUCAUGCUGUGCUUUUUGGACGAUGGAGCUGGAAUGGAUCCAAAUGAUGCUGCAAGUGUGAUUCAGUUUGGUAAAUCUGCUAAACGGUCACCAGAAUCCACACAGAUUGGACAAUAUGGAAAUGGCUUAAAAUCAGGAUCCAUGCGGAUUGGCAAGGAUUUCAUCCUCUUUACGAAGAAGGAAAACUCUAUGACGUGUCUCUUCUUGUCUCGCACGUUUCAUGAAGAGGAAGGCAUUGAUGAGGUGAUUGUUCCACUGCCUGCCUGGAAUGCCCACAGCAGGGAGCCUUUGACAGACAACAUGGAAAAAUUUUCCAUUGAGACUGAAUUGAUUUACAAGUAUUCUCCUUUUAAAUCAGAGCAAGAAGUGAUGCAACAGUUUGACAAGAUUUUUGGAGAGAAAGGGACCUUGGUGAUUGUCUUCAACCUCAAAUUGAUGGAUAAUGGUGAACCUGAGCUAGAUGUGACCUCUGACCCCCGAGAUAUCCAGAUGGCUGAAACUCCACCCGAGGGAACGAAGCCAGAACGCCGUUCUUUCCGUGCAUACGCUGCCGUGCUCUACAUUGAUCCCAGAAUGCGUAUUUUCAUCCAUGGCCACAAAGUGCAAACUAAACGCCUCUCCUGCUGCUUAUUCAAGCCUAGGAUGUACAAGUAUACAUCCAAGCGCUUCAAGACUCGAGCAGAACAAGAAGUGAAGAAAGCAGAGCAUAUGGCUCGGAUUGUGGAAGACAAGGCACGAGAAGCAGAAAGCAAAGCACGGGCUUUGGAGCUACGGCUGGGAGGGGAUCUGACUAGGGAGUCCAGGGUUAUGCUGCGCCAGGCUCAAGACAUAGCAAUAAAUAUGCGCAGAGAGGCAGAUGUUAAAAAGAAGAGCAGGGAGGCAAAACAACGAGCACUAAAAGAGCCCAAAGAACUGAACUUCAUUUUUGGUGUGAACAUAGAGCAACGCCAUCUGGACGGCAUGUUUGUCUACAAUUGCAGCCGGCUGAUUAAGAUGUAUGAGAAGGUCGGCCCACAGCUGGAAGGCGGCAUGGCAUGUGGUGGAGUGGUUGGGGUAGUGGAUGUCCCCUAUCUUGUCUUGGAGCCAACACACAACAAGCAGGAUUUUGCCGAUGCAAAAGAAUAUCGGCACUUGUUGAAAGCCAUGGGAGAACACUUGGCUCAAUAUUGGAAGGAUAUUGAGAUUGCUCAGAAAGGCAUUAGCAAGUUUUGGGAUGAUUUUGGCUACCUCUCUGCAAACUGGAACCAGCCCCCAUCAAACGAAUUGCGCUACAAACGGCGGAGAGCCAUGGAGAUCCCGACUACUAUUCAAUGUGAUGUGUGUUUGAAAUGGCGGACACUCCCGUUCCAGCUCAGCUCUGUGGAGCAGGAAUACCCAGAUACUUGGAUAUGUGCCAUGAACCCAGAUCCUGAACAAGAUAGGUGUGAAGCUCCUGAGCAGAAGCAGAAGGUUCCUCUAAGCCUCUUGAGAAAAGAGAAAACGCAGGAAGAAAAGGAAAAAGAGCUGACCGAUAAAAUUCGCCAGCAGCGGGAGAAACUGGAAGCCUUGCAGAAAACUACCCCGGUGCGUUCUCAUGCUGAUCUGAAGAAGCUGCCUCUGGAGGUCACCACACAGCCUAUGCUAGAGGUAAGUGCCCUCCAGCCACUGCUCAAACCCCAGCGGCCACGAUCUCCUCCACUGCCCGACGUGAUUAAGAACGCUGCCGCACGUCGGCCUCCCGUUCCUCCGGCUCCUUCCAGGCCCCUCAACUCUCAGAAGAAGGGCCCCCCUCCCCGACCAGCCAUCAGCUGCUCCAGGCCACAGAACACGGUACACCAGGAAGAAUCCAACCUUUCCAGGUUACAGCACCACUUGGAAGCUUCUCGGAAAUGCCCCCCAUCCACCUUUGUGAUGCCUCUCUCCAGAUCUGCGUCGAUUGGAAAGAUGGCCCCCGGGCCUGUUCAGAAUGCCAGGAGCCAACAUAGACCCCCCAGCCCCAAACACUUAAAGGUGCUGCUUCCACCAAAGAGACCUGCCUUAAUCAAGCCUGCCCAGGCUUCCGGUUCCCGGAAGAGAAGCAUCAGCACAGUGGAGGAUGACGAAGAGGAGGAGGAGGAGGAGGCUGGACUGAGAAAAGAAAAGAGGAAGCCAGCCAAACCUGUGACAGUGAAGGAAGAGAAAGACUCAAGCGAGGUGGUCGUUGAACUGACGGACAGCGCGGGAGAAGAGGAAUUAGCAGAAAUGAGGAGAGCACAGAAAGAUAAAGGGCAGCACGUGGAGGUACGAGUGAACAAGGAGUGGUUCACAGGCCGAAUUACAACCGUCGAGGCGGGCAAGCAGAUGGUCCGUUGGAAGGUGAAAUUUGAUUACGUCCCAACCGACGUCACCCCAAGGGAUCGAUGGGUAGAGAGAGGCAGCGAGGAUGUUCGGCUGAUGAGACCCCCAUCUCCGGAACAGCAGAGUCCAGGUAUGCAGCAGGAGGAGGAGGAGCAGCAGCAGCAGCAACAACAACAACAACCACAAGACCAGCAAGAAGAGCAGCUGCAGCUGAAUAUUCCUUCUGAGCCCUCUACCUCUGAGGGUGGCCAAACAGAGCCGGAUACCACCAGAUCCGGCAACAGCCAAGAGAACGCGGACUCGUUAGCCCGGUCCCUACGGAAUUGCUUGCGUUAUUUCUUGCCCCCCAGUUUCCCCAUUUCCAAGAAGGAUUUGACUUCCAUGAGCUCGCAAGAGUUGGUGGCAUUCCCUUUGAAAGAGUACUUUAAACAAUACGAGGUGGGUCUGCAGAACUUGUGCAACUCCUAUCAGACCCGUGCAAACGGUCAGAUCCAAGCCUGCGAGGAGAAAGUUCACCUCCUAGAGCAGAAGGUCAGGGAGACAAAUGAGAAGCUUCAGAAACUGAGGACAAAUAUUGUCGCUCUGCUCCAGAAAGUACAAGAAGAUAUUGAUUUCAAUUCAGACGAUGAACUGGAUGCUUACAUUGAGGACCUCAUCACCAGAGGAGAUUGACAGGCCCAGCGAAAGCGUGAAAUCAGACAGCAAUGCGGUUACUACUGUGUCCAUUGGGUCUCCCAAUAGGGGUAGAACAAGCAGCGCCGGCUGAUGGGCAGAGCUGAAGCCAUGGUUUUAGAGACUUGUGUUCCUUGUAGAGUUUGUCAGUGUUGAACAUGUUCGUAUUUUCUCUUUUAUAUAAUGAAAUUAGCAACUGUACUGUUAAGGUUUCUAACCUUUUGUUUAUAAAUAUUUGUUUAAAAAAGAAAAAAAAAAGACAAACCUACCCCCCCCCACCCCGAAAAAUAUAAUUGUUCAUGGAGCAAGCUUUAUUUGUAGU